UCUUCCUCUUCGGGUGCAUGUGACCCUAGUCUCUAAUACACAGAACAUCCCAGUCCGGACUGGGAUCUGCACACAGCCAUCUCCAACCAAUCAAAUCGAGAAACUCCUGCUUCUCUUCUCCCACUUUUCUUAUCCAAUAUUCUCCAACAUGUUCAAGUCUUCAGACCAAAUCUUCAGGUCAAACCGCCCAAUUAAUCUUUUAGUAAGGAGAUGCUUAGCAACUACUGUCAACAACUUAUCUCCCAUUUUAUCUGAUAUAACUAUUGUGGGAGGUGGCCCUGCUGGUUUAACCUUAGCUGCCUCCUUGAAAAGCUCUCGAAUAACCUCAAAUUUAAAGAUAAAUGUAAUUGAAUCCUCAAAUCUUCAACCUGUAAAUGACUUUUACUUGGAUCCCCCAGUCAAUUACACAAACAGAGUUAGCAGCUUAACUCCCCAAUCAAUUGAUAACUUGAUUGAAAUUGAUGCUUGGAAAUUUAUUAACAAUGAUAGAAUUUGUUCUUAUGAUAAUAUUAAUGUAAUCGAUGGUAUAUCAGAUGAAAGAUUGGAUUUUGAACGUUCAGAAAUUGCAACAAUGUGUGAAAACAUCAAUUUACAAUCUGCUUUAUAUCAAAGAAUUCAAGAACUUAAUAAUGAUAUUAAUAACGAUAAUUUGUUAAAUAUUAUUGACAACACUAAAGUCCUUAAUAUUUAUAAAGACCAAGAAAAUGAAUGGCCGAUUGUUCAAUUAUCAAAUGGAUCAUUAUUGAAAACAAGAUUAUUAAUUGGCGCAGAUGGCUCAAAUUCACCCGUAAGAAAGUUUGCUCAAAUUCAAUCAAGAGGUUGGUCAUAUAAUAAAAAUGGACUUGUUGCAACACUUAAAUUGAAAUAUGAAGACUUCAGAAGUAUUGCAUGGCAAAGAUUUCUUACUACUGGCCCAAUUGCUUUAUUACCAUUACCCGAGAACAAUGCAACAAUGGUUUGGUCAGUCGAUCCGAGUAUCUCAGAUAUAAUUUUGAAAAAAUUAUCAAAAGAUUCACUAAUUUCAUUAUUCAAUUCAUUGUUCAUUUUAUCGCAAGUUGAUUUAAAUUAUUUAUACAAAUUCAUCAAUUCAAAUGAAUAUAACGAAAAUGAACUAAUUGAAGAGAUUAAUUGGAGAAUUGAUGUUCAUAAAAAUAAAAUUGGCAUUGAAAAAUUUAAUGACUCAUAUCCAGUUGAGAUUAUCGAUAUAAUUGAUAAUUCAGUAAACAAAUUUCCUUUAAAAUUAUCACAUUCAGAUUCAUAUGUAUCUAAUAGAAUUGCAUUAGUCGGCGAUGCUUGUCAUACUAUUCAUUCAUUAUCUGGACAGGGACUUAAUAUGGGUCAAGCAGAUGUUAAAUCGUUAUUUAAUUUUAUUGAGACCGGUUGUAAAAGAGGAUUGGACAUUGGAAAUUUAUUAGUUUUAGAACCUUAUUACAGCGAUAGAUAUCCGUUAAAUCAUUUGACUUUGGGUAUUACAGAUAAAUUGCAUAAAAUUUACUCGAUUGAUUUUUUACCAGUUGUUAAAUUAAGAAGCUUUGGAUUAAAUAUAGUUAAUAACUUGGAUUCUGUCAAAGAUUUUAUGAUUAAUCAAGUCUCUGGUCCUUCAAAAUAGUUUUUUUUUCUUUUAAAAAAGAAAAGAAAGAUUAGAAGCAAAAGUAAAAUUAUAUUUAGUGUACAUAUAGUAUAUUUAUAUAUUGAUUAAAGAUUUAACCGGCGUUUGAAUAAACUGAGA